CAGAAGCAGCGGCGGCGGCGGCGGCUGCGGAGCCGGUGUGAGGCGGAGGAGCGGGCUGCGGGCCCAGACAGGGCGCAGCGAGAUGGAGGUGACGGGGCUGGUGGCGCCCACAGUGACCGUGUUCAUCAGUAGCUCUCUCAACAGCUUCCGCUCCCAGAAGCGGUACAGUCGCAGCCUCACCAUAGCAGAGUUCAAGUGUAAACUACAGCUGGUUGUGGGCAGCCCUGCUUCUUGCAUGGAAUUGGAGCUGUAUGGACCCGACGACAAGUUGUACAGCAAGCUGGAUCAGGACGACGCAUUGCUUGGCUCUUACCCCGUAGACGAUGGCUGUCGCAUCCAUGUCAUUGACCACAGCGGUGCCCACCUUGGGGAGUAUGAGGACAUGUCCAAGGUGGAGAAAUACGAGAUCGCACAAGAAGCCUACGACCAGAGGCAAAACUCAGUCCGCUCCUUCAUGAAGCGCCACAAGCUGGGUCGAUACAAUGAAGAAGAGCGGGCACAGAAAGAGGCUGAGAGCUCCCAGCGCCUUAUCGAGGAGGAGGCCCAGGCUGGUGCCAUCCCCGUGGGUAGCCGCUGUGAGGUGCGGGCGCCUGGGCAGCCCGCUCGCCGGGGCACUGUCAUGUAUGUAGGACUUACAGAUUUCAAGCCUGGCUACUGGAUCGGCGUCCGCUAUGAUGAGCCUCUAGGGAAAAACGAUGGCAGUGUGAAUGGGAAACGCUACUUUGAAUGCCAGGCCAAGUACGGCGCCUUCGUCAAGCCAUCCGUUGUGACAGUGGGGGACUUCCCUGAGGAGGACUACGGUUUGGAUGAGAUGUGACGCCCAAGGAAGGGCAUCCCUCUGCUCCAGCUAACUCACCUACUCAUCGCCCUUCCCUGUGUGUGCCCAUGCCCUCUCCCCGUGACCCCGUUUUUAUUUUAUUCACUUUACCCUUGCCAUUGACUUUUGAGACACAUGUAUUAAAUUUGCCGGAAA